AACUAAGAUACAUUUUUUUAAGUUCGAAACAUCUUGUACGAAUCAAAACAAAUAUAAUUUAAGUUAAUUAAUGAUUAUAAUGAUAUCUUAUGUGAAAUAAUUCAAGAAAAAUGGUUAAAAAUAGCAAUGGUCGAUUUAUAUUGUAUGCGGCGGGUAUAUUUAAUUGUUACUUUUAUUUUGGAAUAUUACAAGAACGUAUAACACGAGGAAAAUAUACGAUUACUGAAUUAAAUGGUAAUAAUGAAACUGUUGAAACGACUGAAAGAUUUACAUACAUGUUAGCAUUGUGUGGGGUACAAUGUUUGGCUAAUUAUUUGUUUGCAAAGGGACUAUUAUUCUGCUGGCCACAACAAGAGGAUAAGACACGUAACACUUAUUAUGCAAGUUCAUCGUUCACAUAUUUAUUAGCUAUGGUUUGUUCAAAUAUGGCACUUCAAUGGGUACCUUAUCCAACGCAGGUCGUUGGAAAAUCAGCUAAACCUAUUCCUGUAAUGUUACUGGGUGUACUUAUUGGACACAAAUCAUACCCAUUAAAGAAAUAUUUAUUUGUUUUAUUAAUUGUAUCUGGAGUAGUACUAUUUAUGUUAAAAGAUAAAGCUAAGAAAGCUGACACCGAAUCACAUUUUGGUAUUGGACAAGUUUUAUUGUUGUUAUCAUUAAUUUUAGAUGGCCUAACUGGUGCUGUUCAAGAAAGAAUAAGAGCCGAAUCUGCUCCAAGUGGUCAACAGAUGAUGCUUAGUAUGAAUGCAUGGUCGUGUGCAUUUUUAGCAGUUGCUUUAACAUUCACUGGUGAAGGAUUUUCAUUUGCAGCAUUUUGCUCUCGACAUCCUGAAGUAUUACAUCAAUUAGGCACAUUAGCCAUUGCUGGUGCUUUAGGACAAUUAUUUAUACUUUUAAUGGUCUCAGAGUAUGGACCACUUCCAUGUUCGAUAGUAACCACAACUCGAAAAUUUUUCACUGUACUUGGAUCAGUGUUCAUCUUUGGAAAUGCGUUAAGUUUCCGACAAUGGUUUGGAGCAGCAGCAGUAUUUACGGGUUUAUUUUUAGAUACAAUUUUUGGGAAGUCACCUCCAAAAAAAAUGGCCACAGAUUUGGCAAAUUCUGAAAACCGAGUAUUAUUAAAGAAUGGAAUUCGAUUAGAAAUGUUAGGAAAAUUUGAGAGAUACAAGGGAACUUUACCUGAAAUUGAAUUUCAUCAUUUUAAUUACACAGGUUUUCAAAAAUGAUUGGAUCCCUUCGCUAAUCUCAUAACUAGCGAUGCACUUUGAAGGAAAACGAUCAGUGUAAACGUUGUUUGGUUCAAAGGUAAAAAAUACUCUUUGAUUUAAAUAAAGAAGUAUUUCAAAUUUUAUGUUAACUCUCUUUAAGGUUAUUAACCGACUUCAAACAAAAACGGAGGAGGUUAUCAAUUCGACUAUAUUUUUUUCUGUAAAAAUUCCAACUUCCAUUUUUAAUUUUCUUUAUCGAUAAUUAACAAACAAUUUAUUGCUAAUAUAAACAGCAUGUAUUUACUCGAUAGUUGUAACCCAUUAAUAGUUGUUUUUUCUACCACCAGACUGCGUGCCUCGAUUUGUCAGUUCUUAAUUCACUAUAUUUGUGAAUAAUAAUGUAUUCAGUUAAAAUUGUGGGUAAAAAUUUCAUUUGAUGACCGACCAUCAGAGAAUUUCAGAAUUUAAUUUUUGUGACCACCGUGUAAUAAAAAUUA